AUGGCGGACGAUACGCGUAAAGUGCGAGUUGAAGAAAGAUUGAAAAUAAAGAUCGGUGAAGCGAAAAACUUGCCAGGACGCAGUCAUGGGGCGCCCUGUCACCGUGACAUAUACUGCGUACUCUCGCUUGACCAGGAAGAAAUAUUUCGCACAUCCACCAUGGAGAGAACUCUCAACCCAUUCUUCGGCGAGGAGUUCCAGUUUGAGGUUCCAAGACGAUUCCGAUACCUCUCUAUAUACGUGUUCGACCGCGACAAGCACCUCAAACAAGAUAAAGUUCUUGGCAAAGUGGCUAUCAAACGAGAAGAUCUGCACCGGUAUAAUAACAAAGACCAUUGGUUUGCAUUACGACCGGUCGAUGCAGACUCAGAAGUGCAAGGGAAGGCAUAUAUCGAACUCACACUUGAAGACUCCAGGAAACGAUUACGAAUGGAACCGAAGCCACCUGACCCUGACCCCGUUUCCGAUACCUGCUCUACAAAAAGUAAAGGAAAUAACUUAGUUAGAUUAUCUGAAUAUUGUAAAGAAAGUAUGAGAUUUGGAUCGUGCUCGAGUUCGACAAGCAAGAAAAUGUUAAGUGCGGUCGCCACGGAACCCUCUUUGUCGCUAUCUCGAUCAGAGAGUUUAAAAGAUCGAGCGCAGUGGGCGACUCGAACGAAGCCUCCCAUGCACGCGAUGCCCGAGUCUGAUGCAUCUCCCACUCCCACGGCUGCUGACUACUGGUCAGACCCUGAGAGACAUUGCGCAGCGCGCGUAGGACACGAUACCUUACGUCUUCGAGUGCUAGAGUGUUCCGAACUUACAACAAAAAAUGGACAGUGUGACCCUUUUGCUCUCGUGACGUUGUUAUAUUCAAACGGACGAAGAGUUGAAAAACGCACGAAGCCUAAAAAGAAGACUGUUAAUCCGCAAUUUGACGAAAUUUUUUGCUUUGAUCUCGUUAUGGAAGCAGACCCGAAAGAUAAAGACGGCUCACAAUCGGCAGGUGUAGCGUGUGAAGCCAGAGUGUCGGUGUGGCACGACGCUACGACACCGAUUUUCCUUGGUGAAGUGCGAUUACAGCUUCGACAACCUUCACCAACACCUCUCCGUGCUUGGUUCUUUCUAACGUCGCGUGCUGGAGGCGCGUUGUCUCGCGGUGCCACGCCACCGGGCACGCGUCUUUCGGCCGCUGGAAGCGCUACCCUCGGAUCUCUGCGGCUACUGCUCCAGUAUACCGUCGACCACGUCUUCCCAAUACAGCAUUAUCAGAGAUUGGAAGAGCUUUUUCUUAGAAGUGUUCGUCAAAAGCCAAUCACAGCAUCAGCAGUGUACAUAUUAGGCGAGAUAGUACCGAGUAAGACGGAUGCGGCACAACCCCUCGUGAGGCUAUUCACACAUCAUGAUCUCAUCGUGCCCAUCGUCAAGGAGCUCGCCGAUGCUGAGAUAUCUGCUCUCACUGACGCAACGACGAUAUUCCGAGGCAAUACUCUAGUGUCUAAGAUGAUGGACGAGGCCAUGCGCCUGAGUGGCGCGUCGUACCUCCGCGCCGUGCUGCGGCCCACGCUGGCGGCCGUGCUGGCCGAGCGCAAGCCCUGCGAGAUAGACCCCGCCAGGGUCAAACCUUCCGCUGCCAUUGCCUCCAACCUCGCUAAUCUCAAAGACUACGUUGAACGGGUGUUCGCGGCGAUAACGUGUUCGUACGCGACGUGUCCGUCGGCGAUGUGCCGCCUGUUCGACGCGCUGCGGCAGUGCGCGGCGCGGCACUUCCCGCGCAACGCCGAGGUGCGCUACUCCGUCGUGUCCGGCUUUAUCUUCCUGCGGUUCUUCGCGCCCGCCAUACUCGGACCGCGCCUCUUUGAUCUCACUACAGAACAGAUUGACCCACAAACGAACAGGACUUUGACGCUGAUCUCUAAGACUAUCCAGUCUCUAGGCAACUUGGUGAGCAGCCGUUCCGCUCAGCAGGUGUGUAAAGAGGAGUAUAUGGCGGAACUGUACCGCAGCUUCUGCACGCCAAGACAUGUGCAAGCAAUAAAACAGUUCCUAGAAAUUAUCUCCACAAGUACAGACACACAGAACAACAAUAUCCUAGAAACACCUGUACUGCUCAAAGAGGGGACGAUGAUAAAAAGGUCGGAGGGAGGACGGGCGAUCGCGGGGUCCCCUCGACGACGGUGGACGCGAGCCGCCCACGCGUAUGCCAAGAGGCGACACUUUCGACUUACAAGUGGUGAGUUGACGUGGUCCCGUUGCGGCGCCAAGACGCCCGCGCACCGUCUGGCGCUGUCGGGCGUGCUGGCCGUGGCCGCCGUGGACUGCCCGCCCGCCGGCGCGCCGCUCGGAGCCAACAACAUCUUCCAGAUAGUGCACCGCGAGCGCGUGGUGUUCGUGCAGGCCAGCAACUGCGUGGAGCGCGCCGAGUGGGUGCGGCUACUGUCGGCGCUGUGCCGCCACUCAGCCGCGCCGCCUCACGCCGGGUACUAUGCGCACACGCACUGGACAUGCUGCGAACGGGCGGAGCCGGAUGCGGAAGGGUGCGGCGGCACGGAAGAGAACGGCGCGGCCACCAGCGUCACGCACGCGCCCGCCGCGCUCGCACUGCGCAUCGACCCGCCGCGGGACCUGCAGCGACUUCACGCGCUGCUCGUUUCGCACGCCUCACGCCUCGACGACCGCCUCCAUCGCCCCCAAGAAACUGCAAGUGUAGAAGAGCGCGAAGCGGAGGCAGCUACGCUUCGUGAAUUGCAGGAGACCAUGUUCGACCUCGAACAUCGACAUCGGAUAUACAGACGUUCGCUCGCCCGCGAAACCAAAUAUGGCAGCAAACAGGCACCCAUCGGUGACGACAACUACCUGCACCUGGCUGGUGCGGCGGGUGCCAUCGAUUCUGGACAAUUCCUGUGGCGAUCUUGGCGAAGUGACACUUCGCCGACCGUCGACCUAGACGGCAAAACUUUACCGCUUCACACCUCUUUAGACCUCGCCUCUAGCACGGAAUCGCUCAAGAUCGCGCGUCAUGCCGAUGAACGCUCGUCUGGUAAAUCCACCAAGUCUACCGGUAGUGGCUAUCUCACCAUGUCGUGCAUCAAGCACGAGCCGAGCGAAGACAGCGACGCUUCUGCGGGACGACCUGCUCGCCCUCCUAAGCCGGCGCGACUAUCGCCCGCACGAGCACACGCGCCCUCCGUGUGCGAGUAUGUGCACGUGGAGCCGCGGGCGCCCGAGCGGAGAGCACGGCCCGACACCGCGCCCGAAGCCGACCUCGUGUAUCGCUGCAAGGAGUACGAACUGAUGACCGACUUCAUGAGCCAUGCGCGCGCUUCCGACGAGGAGAUGCCGCCUGCCGUGCCGCCGCGAGGCAACACGGCUCGAGCCCGGCCUCCGCCUCGUCCUGCGGAUACCGACUCGUCACCGCCCCGACCAGUCGCUUUACCGGCGUCCGAUCCGUUACCUGAAAGCCUCGAAACCUCCUGUAAGAUGGACACUAUUUCUACAGACGACAGUCUACUCGACGAGCUUCAGCGCGAUGCUUACUGCGUUUUAAAAGUGUGCGAGGACGAAACGCCCGCGCCCGAGCAGACAAAUACGUCUGUGGAACAGCCGAAGGUAGAUGAGAGGCGAGACUAUGGACCGUUUUCGCGGGUUUGCACCCAGCGGAAAUCGAACCCCAUCAAAAGCCAAACGAGUUCUUCGCGACCGCUGAAGACCUCCAGCUCGACGUCGAACGUGCACGACGCCGGGACGACAUCGUCACGGCCGCUGGCCGAACGUCUCACGCCGUUUUUUCUUAAAAGAAAAUCGAAGCCACCGGAGGAGACGGCACCGCGCUGCACGCGAAAGGAGGAAAAUCUCAUCGGACGCCUCACGCCGCGUUUCGGUCAGUCGCGACUGUACGGUCGCGGUCAGUCGCUCGAGCUCGCCCCUUCGGAGGAGCGAACGAGGCGCAUCGAGCGGUCGGCGACCACCGUCAACAUCCCCUCGAGGCCGAUGAACCUCAAGUUCCUCAGCCUGCACCGCUACGGGCCGCAGGAGGCCGCGGUGGAGGCGGGCGGGCCGCGUGCGGAGGGUGCGGAGGGCUCGGGCGGCUCUGCGGGUAGCGGAGAGGCGCUGGAUGCGGCGUGGCGCCGCAGCCACGCUCCGUCGCUGCUGGCGGCCGCCACUAGCGACAUCCGCCUCUAG